UAAACGUUUGAUGGGGUGCGCUCUCGAAGAAUGGGGAACGUAAACUUGCACAAAAAGCAGUUAUGGAAAGGAUAGGAUGAAUCGAAGGAAAUUGUGAUGAUUAUGCUUGUAUGCGCGAGGCGUAGGUGCUUCGGGAGCGGAAGGCGGUGGCCGCAAAGAAGAUGUGAAGAGAGCGGACAAUGCUAUGGCGAGUAAGAGAUUGAGAGUAGGCAGCGGCUCUGAAGAGGGUCUGCCUGCUGCCAGUGCCAUUGAGGUAGACUUGGUAACGAACUCGCCGAGGGUUGUUUAGUUCUAUUCGAACGGUUCUCGAGAGUGGUCCGGAUUUUUGUUAGCUCGCGGAGUGUUGUGCGAUUCAACGGUACGGCAACUACCACGAAGACGACGACGGGUACUGCACUGAAGAAGACUGGUCUCGCCGCGUUCGCUGGUUUGUGUUUGAGAACAGAAGAAAUUAUGAGUUGAAGCUGAAUAAUAAUAAGGAGGAGAACAGUGCUCGAGGUGAAAACGGAGAAGACGACGGUCGCGACUUGUUCGUGGGGUUAUUCGGAGGAUCGGUGCGUGGUCCGUGUGUGAUGCGAAGAAGCUGUGCCCUGCUAGCGAAGCGAGUGUCUCGAAAAUAUGAUAAAGUGAAGCUGCUGGUACAGGCCAAAUAUUUAGAAGAGCGGCUGGCUAUGUUUGAGUUAACGACAACGGAAAGCAUGAAACAAGUGUAAAGUGAGUGCAGGGUUCAACAAAGUUCAACAUACACCCCAAAGUGAUAAAUCGGCGCAAAGUUCCUAACAUUACAAACGAAACUCAACGAAGAAGCUACCACUACUCAACGAUGUCGUCAAAGAGCUGCCACUUGCUACCCUCGCUGCCGGCCAUGACCCGGGUCUUACUUAUGCUACUAGCCCUACUCCUAGCAAGUGCGGCAGCGCAUCGAUUCACGAGUCAGGAAGCUGCAGCGGCCGGCGGAGCACCAACAAGUGGUGAUAAAAUGUCAUCAGCGGAUGGUUCGGAACCGCCCCGACGGUUCCACGCUAUCUUUCAAGGCUCUUCGGCGGCGGCGGCGGCAGCAUUGCCGGAGCUGAAGUCAUCUCCAUCGUCGCUGGAGAAGAUGCUGGCUGGCAGCAGCAGCAGCAGUAGUCGACGCUCCAAAGUGGCGGUAGAUAACAGCACCAAUGACAAUGGCAGCAGCCAGAAGAACCGCACUCGACAGUGCCGUGAAGGUUGCCUGGGAAAGCGUUCCAUCAAGGACAUUCUCUGCACCCAGCAGCGCGAGUGCGCUAUGUGCUGGGACGUGUGCAACCGUAACCACCAGAUUCGAAAGGAGAACGAACUAGCGCACCGACUGCUACUCAGCCUGAGCCGGAUGAUUCGCAACGAAUCGGUGGUGGCCGCCGACAUCGAGUGGACCACGCCGGAGGAACUGCUGGAACACCAACCGCACGCGGGCGUUCCGUCACCGCUGGCCGCGAGUGAAAACGUCGAACGCCUGAGCCGGAUCGCACGGGACGGUGGCGGUCCCAAUGGGACCUCGGUUUCGAAAAUUAUCCAGGCCCUCAGCCAAGCGUCAUCGUUGAUGGGGCCGGAAUCGAAAACGGUGACCAGCAGUAGUGGAAGCAGCAGCAGUUCGGAGCAGAGCUUCCAUCAGUGUUUGGUGUCGUGGGAGAUCUCCGGUGGUGGAUUGACCGGCAAUCUGCUGACCGAAACUGCCAAAGUGGAGCUGUCGCUGUGGCCGAAUACCAAGUACAACGUGCACGUGACCUGUCGAAAUAAGGAAACCGACCAACUGAUCCGUUCGGCACCCCUGCUGAUCGACACCAGGGAAGCGCUGGUGGUCUCCCUUCACGGCACAACCACCACUUCCAGCACUCCAACGACCACCACUACCACUACCACCAAAACGACAACGACCCGACCGCUCGCGAUAAACUCGGUGAUCGAGGAAAUCGAAGUGGUCCAGGAGGCUGCCGCCUUCGAGAGCGCCUCGGACGACGUCGACGCCGAAGCGGACAGCUACAGCACCGCUGCUGGCAACAGCUACCAAACCAAACCCCGGUCGAACCCCUCGGGUCACAAUCUGUGGCCCAUCUACAGUGCGACCGUCGAACUUCCGGAGAACUCCAAGGAAGUGCUCAUCCUGGGGGUCUUCGUGGCACUGUUGGCGUUCGUGUUGAUCGUGCUGACGGUCGUGAUCCUCAUCCGGCGGAAGCACGAUCACAUCGAAGAUCGGGAACUGCUGAUCGAGAGCGAAGUGCUGCCGAAGAUUUUGCACGUUUGAUAGGGCCACCAGCAUCAGCUGUUGGAUGGCGGCGACGACGGCGGCAGUGAUGACGAAAACGUCGACGAAGUCGGUGGGUGUUUUCUGUAAAUAGCUGUUUUUAUUAGGCUUCUUUCUUCCCCAUUUUUAUGCUCCUACUUAGACACGAAAUGAAUCAUAAUGGGAAAAGCUUCUCUCUAAUUUAAACAACCCAGCUCAGUCCUUCUAUUCUACUACUACAACUACGUAGGUACGGUAUAUAAAUUAUUGAUUUUAUCGAUUCCGAUAAUUUCUGGAUUAGGUUACCCGCUCAAGCACUGCAAUCAUUGGCAAGGCAAAAUUAUCAAGAGUCUAAUAACUAUAUUCUCCUUCUCGAAACAAAAGCAUGAAAAAGAAAAAUCAAUCGAUCAAAAAAAUGAAAUCUAAAAUAGGCAGUAGCAGUUACAUCGGCAUCUGGAAACACAGCCAAGAAAAAAAUACUAAAACUAAUCGCAGAAAUUAAAGAGAAUGAUACUAGUCCUUUUUUGUUUGUUUUUGGGAACGAGUGAACGUGAAUGUGAAGUACAAUGUGACGGGGAUCCAAGAGUAACCGAUCGAAGGAAUGCGAAGGAAGGAAGUGCUGUGAUGUGAAAAAUUGACAGGGACAUUGGUUAUUGCGGAUGAGGGAGAACGUGAGACAGAGCAGAAGAGAUAGGAAAGAAAAAGAUAGAGGUACGUUGAGAUGUCAAAUCUUUAUUGCGCUAGAUGUGAAUGUGUUUAUAUAUAGUUAGAGCAGCUAGAAGAAAAGAGAGAGGAAAAUUACGAAUUAAGGAAGAGCGGAGGAAAGUUUUAUCAAUGUUACUAGGCGAAUCAAAUGCAAGCGAAGAGCGAGAAGAUGUGAAACAAAAUGAAAAUUGAGGCAAACAAACGAAGUGUAAAAUAUACCAGUAAAUUAUGAAUACAAAACUGAAACCAAUCAUCCUUGUGUACAUUGUGUAAAAAGACUGAAAAUAAUGUAAAAUAAAUAAACUUCGAAAUGAUGAAUAAUACCUUAAAA